CGCCGUAGCUGAGGGGGAGAAAAAAAAGACGAAAGAGGCGGAAAAUAAAGUGGUGUGCGCGGGGCCCAAGUGAUCACGAGUAGUAGAUACCUCUGAGUCCGAAGCCAUCCUGCCCACUUCAGGGGUUCGUCUCCGGUCAGUGAAAGGGAGAAGCCUCGCCGGUGUUUUACAGCCAGGGAGGAGCGGGCCCGCCAGGCAAAGAUCUGCACCGAACCGGGCAGACCAUCCCUCCGACAGCGCAGCGGCUGGGGAUCGAAGCGGGUCACCCGCCGGCCGGUAUCGUCCGUCAAGAGGCCGCUGAAAACCAAGCCUGUGUAGGAAGGGGCUCCAUGAAUGGAAAUCGGAACCCCAGGAGCUGUUGGGGCUCAGCCCCUUUUCACGGUGCCAAGGCGUCCAGGAUGUGGCACCAUGGGAAAACCGAUUAAACUGCUGGCCAACUGCUUCCAAGUAGAUAUCCCAAAGAUUGACGUCUACCUCUAUGAGGUAGAUAUUAAACCAGAUAAAUGUCCUCGCAGGGUAAACAGGGAAGUAGUCGACUCUAUGGUCCAGCAUUUUAAAGUUCAGAUUUUUGGAGAAAGAAGACCUGUCUAUGAUGGGAAAAGGAGUCUCUACACUGCAGAUCCCAUUCCCGUCAGCACCACUGGAGUGGAUUUGGAGGUGACAUUACCAGGAGAAGGGAAGGACCGAAUUUUCAGGGUGUCAAUUAAAUUUGUUUCAAGAGUGAGCUGGCAUUUGCUGCAUGAAGUUCUGACAGGCCGCAGCAUGCCAGAGCUACUGCCUGGGUUAGACCUGGACAAACCACUCAGCACAAAUCCUGUACAUGCUGUUGAUGUUGUCCUCCGACACCUCCCUUCCAUGAAGUACACCCCCGUUGGCCGCUCUUUCUUCUCUGCACCUGAAGGUUAUGACCAUCCAUUGGGUGGAGGUAGAGAAGUCUGGUUUGGUUUCCAUCAAUCUGUCAGACCAGCCAUGUGGAAAAUGAUGCUGAACAUAGAUGUUUCUGCCACUGCUUUUUAUAAAGCACAGCCUGUAAUUCAGUUCAUGUGUGAAGUUCUAGACAUUCAUAAUAUUGAUGAACAGCCACGACCUUUGACAGAUUCCCACCGAGUCAAAUUCACCAAAGAGAUAAAAGGAUUGAAGGUCGAAGUAACUCAUUGUGGACCUAUGAGGAGAAAGUACCGUGUGUGUAAUGUUACCAGGAGACCAGCUAGCCAUCAGACGUUCCCCUUGCAGCUGGAAAGUGGACAGACUGUAGAGUGCACAGUAGCACAAUAUUUCAAACAGAAGUACAACCUUCAGCUAAAAUACCCACAUCUGCCCUGUCUACAGGUGGGACAGGAACAGAAGCACACCUACCUACCACUUGAGGUGUGUAACAUUGUUGCGGGACAGCGCUGUAUCAAAAAACUGACAGACAAUCAAACAUCAACCAUGAUUAAAGCAACAGCACGGUCAGCACCUGACAGACAAGAGGAGAUUAGUAAACUUGUAAAAAGUGCAAACUACGACGAUGAUCCUUUUGUCCAGGAAUUUCAGUUUAAAGUGAGAGAUGAGAUGGCUCAUGUCACUGGGCGAGUACUUCCAGCUCCCAUGCUGCAGUAUGGGGGAAGGGUGGAACCAAGUCAUUUCAGAUUACAAACUAAUCGAACGGUUGCUACUCCAAGUCAUGGUGUUUGGGACAUGAGGGGGAAACAGUUCCAUACUGGGGUUGAAAUCAAAAUGUGGGCGAUAGCGUGUUUUGCAGCACAGAGACAAUGUAGAGAAGAAGUACUUAAGAGUUUUACUGACCAGCUACGGAAAAUAUCAAAGGAUGCGGGGAUGCCUAUCCAGGGCCAGCCAUGUUUCUGCAAAUAUGCGCAAGGAGCUGACAGUGUGGAGCCAAUGUUCAGGCAUCUGAAGAACACCUAUUCAGGACUCCAGCUUGUUAUUGUUAUUCUACCGGGGAAAACACCUGUCUAUGCCGAGGUGAAGCGUGUGGGAGAUACUCUCCUAGGAAUGGCUACUCAGUGUGUUCAAGUGAAGAACGUUGUCAAAACGUCUCCACAGACAUUAUCGAACCUCUGCCUGAAGAUUAAUGUGAAACUAGGUGGUAUUAACAACAUUCUCGUGCCACAUCAGCGACCAUCUGUAUUCCAACAGCCUGUGAUCUUUCUGGGGGCUGAUGUCACACACCCACCAGCUGGAGAUGGCAAGAAACCUUCUAUUGCUGCUGUUGUGGGCAGUAUGGAUGCCCAUCCUAGUCGUUACUGUGCCACUGUACGAGUUCAGAGACCUCGACAGGAGAUCAUUCAAGACCUAGCUUCAAUGGUUCGAGAACUUCUCAUUCAGUUUUACAAAUCAACUCGCUUCAAGCCCACUCGAAUUAUAUUCUACCGUGACGGUGUUUCUGAGGGCCAAUUCCGUCAGGUAUUGUAUUGUGAGCUAUUGGCAAUUCGAGAAGCCUGCAUCAGCUUGGAAAAGGACUAUCAGCCUGGCAUCACAUACAUUGUCGUGCAGAAACGUCAUCACACUCGAUUGUUCUGUGCUGAUAAGAAUGAGAGGGUUGGAAGAAGUGGAAAUAUUCCAGCAGGCACAACUGUAGACACAGAUAUCACCCACCCAUAUGAAUUUGAUUUUUAUCUCUGCAGCCAUGCUGGGAUACAGGGUACAAGUCGUCCUUCACAUUACCAUGUUUUGUGGGAUGACAACUGCUUCUCUGCAGAUGAACUUCAGCUCCUCACCUAUCAGCUAUGUCACACGUACGUGCGCUGCACACGCUCUGUCUCUAUCCCAGCACCAGCCUAUUAUGCACAUCUAGUGGCAUUUAGAGCAAGAUACCACUUGGUGGACAAAGAGCAUGACAGCGCUGAAGGCAGUCACAUUUCCGGACAGAGUAACGGACGUGACCCACAGGCUCUUGCCAAGGCUGUGCAGAUCCACCAGGAUACCUUACGCACAAUGUACUUCGCUUGAGUUUGGGAACUUCUCUCCAGAAAGAACCGAAGAUUUCAGCCUACAUUUCCAGUGGGGUCAGUUUACGGGAAAUGUCUCCAGCCAUACUGUAACUUUCACUGUGCGGAGACAAUAGUUUCAAUAAACUGGCGGAAAGGGAUUGUUUACCUACGAAGAUCAUAGCACUAUUAUGCAAUACGAAACCAGCCAACUGCUCUGUGUGUGUGCGUGCGUGUGUGCACAUGUGCGCGUGUGUGUGUGUGUGUGUGUGUGUGCUCCGUCAGACCUCAUGUCUGUGUCUUUCCUUUUUCCUUUUUCAGUAUAGUUUCCUUUUUGCCUUUACCUCAGUGUUUGGCAGCACAAAACUCAUCUUUAUCAAGCAACACAAAAAUGGAACAAAAAAAAUGUUCCACAAACCUUGGAUCUCAAAAGUAGUCACUGAUUAGGUCAGAAAUCCAGCCAUUCACUUUAGUCCUCAACUUUGGGAGUGUGGGAUGGUUGCUGUAGGUGAAAAAGACCUGUUUGAAAAUAUAUUCUACCAGUUCUUCUUGAAAUUCAAGAAGUCCCACCUCCGCAAUGCCACUGUUCAAAUUCCAUUUAUUGGUUAAGUUACCGAUUAAGUCAACUGACUGUUGAGUAUAGCAAGUAGUUGUGGCUCAGCUUCAUAAUCAGAGCAGUGGAAUUUUACAUAUAGAAGAUAAAAUCCAGGACUUGGAUGAGCAUAAGCAAUGAUGGUGAGAGAGAAACUUUUGAAAAUUCCAAGAUUUGGGGGCUCUGUUUAAUGUAGAAACUUUUGCUGUUUCUUUUAUUGUUUACUUGCUAGCUCAACUAAAUGUGAUGUUUUUUUUUGUUUUAGCAUCUUUAUAUUUAUUAGAAAAAAUGCUUAAUUUAAUAUGAAUUUACAUUAAAAUAUAGUAGCAUCAAUUUUAUUUAGUUCUGGAAUGUAACCGUGUUGUAUACUGACAGAACAUUGCUACCGUUAGUGCAAUAAGCGGUUGGUUAGAAAGCCCGUGUCCUACGCUGUAACGGAGCAGCAGUCGUACCACUAUAACCGUGGGAGAGUGGACACCUCCGCACUUCAGAACCUUAUCAGUUUUAAUAAGAAAAAAGGUUGAAUGCAAAAAAAAAGUAGGGCUGGGACGUUUUAAUGUUAGUUUAUUGGGACAUUACCUUAUUUAAUUUACACAUCUAAUCACUGAAAUGUGAAUUAUUUUUCUGUUUUAUUUCAGUCAUUCCAUUUUAAAAUAAUAUACCAAGUUUUUUAUUUGGAAUUUUUUCAUAAAAGUUUGACUUGUUUCAUUGAUACAAAUCUCAUGACGUUGUUUGCACUUUGUAAAACCUCAUGAACUGCAUGUUUUAUCCAAUGGUUGUCAUUGCACUGGCUCGAACCGCAAUAUACAAAAUGCUGCAGCCUUCUUGAUGGAUGGGCAUUGCUUGUGUCCCAGCCCUACAAAACAGCCUCUCCUCUACAUGAAAGAAAUUGUACUUCUACAGAAUUAAAAAGUAACCAGAACUUUAUGGAAACCAAGAAGAAACUGCAGAAUUUUCCUCCCCUUUCAUAAAAAGCAGGCUUAUUGUCAUUUGAUUAUAAAACAAACUCAGAUAUUUUUGAUUUAUUACACCCUUGCCUCAAACAUAAGGGCUAAUAUUCUAUUAACUCUGGCAUGCAAACUUUCAGUAAAUAUUCCAACUUUAAAAAGGAAUGUAGUGCCUGUUUUGUCAAAACUGAUUCUUCAGGCACAAUUGCAGUGAUAAAAUAUGAAAAACCUAUCAGAAUUAUCUUUGUUCCUUUAGCCCCCCCCUCCAUGGUGAAGAAGUAGAAUCAGAUUAAGUCAAAUUAUGUAAAUAAAGUCUUAAGUUUUAUUCAUUUAGGAAAAUGAAUAUUUUCUUUGUAAAUCAGACUCCCAUUCUCGACUUUACAGAAGUUUUCCAUAGUACACAGGACAUCAUCUAUAUAAGAAAAGCAAAGUUUUGAUUGGCUUUUGUUAGCGAAUUAAACAGUGCUUUGCUUGAGAAAUUUUAAGUAGAUCUACUUUUUGAAAUAAAGUUUUUUUGAAAAGUCAAUGGAGUUGAUUUCACCACCAAUCUCAGAAAUGCAAAAUCAAAGAAAUCUGUUUUUCCUUCAUAUUUUCUUAUGCAGAUCUCUUACUGCUCUUGAUGUACAUAAU